GCAGCAGAUUUUGCAGUAUCGCAGGCAGCAGAUGUAGGUGCUGCAUGAAAUGACUUUCAUUUCCAAAUUUUAAACCAAAAUUUAUAACUUUCCCUGAUCUAAAUUACUAUAAAAAAAAUCAGUUGUUGAAAAUGAAUUUUACCUUUGCUUUCCUUGUUAAGUUUUUGCAUUUUUAUUAUUUAAAAAGGGGGAAUAAAUAGCAAUUUAUGUUUAAAGAAAUAAGCUCCAACUUUCUAUUUGAUGAAUUUCCCCUAAAAAGAAUAGCUCUCCUACAUAAACUUGACAUAAUUUUUUCAUUUUAUUGAUAAAGAUAGUUGUGUAGUUAUCAUCUGUAAAAGAUACUGUAAUUAUUGCUACAAUUUCACUGGAAGACAAAGCACAACAAUCAUAUUAGAUAGCACAAUGAUUUACCAGGAACAACGAACAUUUGUUAACCAAUCACCAUUUUAAAGGGAAUUAACACCAUUUUAAUAGAGCAAUUUUGAUUAUUUUGACUUCAUGAUAUGGCUUAGGCUAGAUAACACCAUGUUGCUUGAAUUGUCUAACUUCAUUCAAACUUCUGAUCCCCAAUGUCUUCAUUCUAUUUCCACCUAUUUUUCUUAUCCAUUCUCACAGUAAUUUUCAGCACAUCUUAUUUAUAUAAUUCCAUAUCCAUACUUCCAUAUUCUCAUCUCAAACUCUCUCUUUAGAUACACGCAACUGUACAAUCAUAAAUUAUAUGUCUUAAUCUUACACUUUUUAUUUACAUUUGCAUAUUUGUCUAUGAGCCCAUCAAUAAUAUGUCAAAGCUAACAUGCUAAUAUAUUUUUCUAUUUUUUGAGGUAUACUGUGAAAUUAGAUACAGAAUAGAGGACCCCAUAGUCCAUGAACUUCUUGGAAUUUUAUCAAAACCUCAUAUGCAGGUUUGUUGGAUAACGUCUAGAUAAAAGAAAAUAAUAAAUAUAUUUCCUGGACUAAAUAUAAAAUGCUUUCAUAAAAAGAACUGUAGUAAAGUUUGGUAGAAAAAUGAAAGAGUGCAGGCUUAGGAAAAAAUUGAAAAAAAAAUUAAUUUCAUGAGCAUCUAGCAAACAUGAUAUUUCUAGGGAAUCCCCUGUCGGCAUAUAAGAUGCCUGAGAUAUUUUAGAACUGCAUUUAUAGAUUUCAUAACAGUUCUUUGUUGUACACAGGCUCUUUUAUUCAGCCAUGACAAAAUAGCAUGUGAGGAUUAUGAACCAAGAAUAGACCCAGUGCCUUCAGGGGCUGGAGCAGAUGAGACAAUCAUCAAAAUUGUUAGACUGAUAAAAAACAACGAACCACUGGUAUGUUCUUUAUAAUGUCUCCUUUUUUUCCUUUGCAUGUAGAUAAAAUAGAUAAGGAAUGCUUAGAAUUUGCAUAACAUCAACCUCUCUGACUAGAAAAUGUCAAAUAUGUUAAAAUGUUUAAUUGACAGGGUGCUACUAUAUACCUGAAUGAACGCACAGGAUGUGUUGAGAUUGCUAGAAUAUUGCAUGGUGGGGCAGCCCACAGGAGUGGUGAGUACAUACUUUUGACUAACAAAUAUUGGGGACCCACCUUAAUGUAUAGGAUUACAGUCUGUUGGAUUAGGAGGGGGAGAUUAUUCUAAAAAUUCCCCCCAAAAAAUCCGUAUAGAGCAGCAUUUCCCAACAUGGGGUUGUGGCAACCACAAGGGGUGUGAGGUGGACUUUCAAGGGAUGUAGUGAAAAGGGAUUUAAGAACGGGUAGACAUUAGCAUUUGAACAUAUUUAUCCAUUAACAUAUUCCUGCAUGUAAUAAGCGUACAUGGCAAUCCUGUGAGAUCAAAAACUUUACAAAAAAGUCCCCAAAAAACUGUACAACAGCAUGAAAAACUAGAAAAAAAAAAAAUUGUUCAUCUGUUUAGAUCAGUGUUUUGAAUGCAUGAAUAAAAAAUGAAUAAUCUCCCCUACCCCUUUUAAGAUGUUUACAUUAUUCAUAAAAGAAUCAAUCGCAUCUUUUAAAUGAAAAUAGCUCAUUUUAAGUCUGAUUUUCAAAAAAUUUGACGCUGGUCAAUUUGAUACAAAAUUUUGUUAAAAAUGGACUCGUAUGAUGAAUUUGAUUAGCAAAUUAGUAAUAAUACAGAUACCUGUAUUAAAAUUAACAAAGUAAAAUAAAUAAUGCUAUUGAGUUCAAGCUACCAUCAACUUAUAACCUCAUUUUUCACCAUACGGGAGGAAAAUGUGGAUAGAAGUUUAUUGUUUUUUUGUUAACUCUAUGCGCUAGGUGGAUAUAAAAUGUUAAUUAGAAGUUUAAAUAAAAAAUAGUAUAAUAUAAGAUUGCCAACAAUUCUCACUGCUUUGGCUGUGAACAACGUAUACUGAUACAAUACUUUUAGUUUUAGAAAGCGUUAACAAGUUAAAUUAAUUCAUGUGGUAGGAAACCAGGAAUAAUGACCAUUGCUAGGCAUUGUUUGUAAUAUUAAAUUUAUUUAGUAGAAAUUAAAAGAACACUUGCUAACACAGUUCUUGUUAAGAAUUAUACAAACCGAUUCGCAAGUAUGGUUUACUACUCAAAAAAAGUAGUUACUGCCAUACUACGCUAAGAGAAUGAUACCUUCCGAACCCCACUCAGUUUCUAAAGUUAGAUGGUCUACAAAUUCUCCACUUGGUCUUUUUGAAUGGACCAAUAGGACUUGAGUUUCUAAAGUUAGAUGGUCUACAAAUUCUCCACUUGGUCUUUUUGAAUGGACCAAUAGGACUUGAGUUUCUAAAGUUAGAUGGUCUACAAAUUCUCCACUUGGUCUUUUUGAAUGGACCAAUAGGACUUGAGUUUCUUGUUGUCUGACAUUGAAUUUAUUGCACCACCAGUUUUGAUGGUGUCUGUCUUUUGGACAAAUAUUUAUUCUCUAAAUCCAGUGAAACAUCGUACGACUUGACAAACAUAUAAAAACCAUACCAAGUGCAGGUAAACCAUAGAGAUUGGCUUAUGUUAACAAGCUGCAAGUUUAUUUUCUAAGUGAUACAUUUCUCUACUCAAUUAAAUAAAUAAAUGAGAAAUCAAUUAUUUAAUUUUUUUUUAAUGUAUUGUUAAUUUUGUUGGGAGUUUAAGACUAGUCAAAUUAUUCAAAGUUGGUGUGGUUGACAGAAAAUUUUGUGAAAUAAUUAUUUGGACUGACCAAAAAAAUUUUGUUAAGAAGAGAGCAUGUCCAAGAUCUUUUUGGACAGAGUUUACAUGAGAAGCUGAGAGCUCAUGUUAGCCAGUUUUGUUAGAGUGCAUCUAGAUGUUCCGUUUUUUUUACUAGCUUAAUCCCCUAAAAGAAACAGGUGAAAACAAUUUUUGUUUGACUGGUUUUAAAUGUGGGACUGUUAAAAAAUGUUUCAAAUGCCAUAAUUUUAAAAAAAUUUAAUAUCCAGCAGUGACUUUUGGUACUUCUGUUCUGAUGGAACCAAGUUCUAGCCAAUAGAAUACUCAAAUGUCAUUUUAUUUAGCAUAACAAUAUGGUUUACAAUACCUGCUUGAGUAGUAUUUAUUAGCAUACAUUUAUUUUACAAAAAGAUUUUUGUUAAGAGGGCACAAUUACUAUUACCCCCACAACUAUUAUGUUCUGCUUCAGGAGGUGAAGAUAGCCCAUUAACUGUUACGAAGCUAAGGACUCUACUAUAAGAAUGGUAUUUCAAUCUUUUUAAUGUGACUGUUGAAAAUAAGUUCCUUAAUUUUCUAGAUUGCACUCCAACUGUUGAGUCUUUAAAAUAAUUUAACAUGAAAAUGUGGUCAAAAUUAUUUUUUUAAAAUUUGGACAUAAGCUUUGUUUUUACUCUGAGGAAUGUCUGCACACAUAAGUAAACUGUUUUUGAUAUGCAGGUUAAACAAAAAUAAAUUUGGAAUAAAUCAACUUUUAACAUGAAGUUAAUUUAUUUCAUUUUUUUUUUAUUUAUCUAACCUACAUUACUUAAGAGAAUUUUAAAUAGGUAUUCAUUAAUUAAAUAUUUCAGUUUCUGCUGAAGUUCUCCAUUUGAUUGUUUUGUUAUAUUUAGGGGGAAAAAAAUCAAUAAAAAUUUUUUUCUGGUGAUUAUCUAAAGCUUUAUCAUUUCAAUGUGCAUGUUAUGUACUAAGAAUUUUAGGCUUUAGGGUAAAUAUUUAUUCUGUCAAUUUCAUAAUAAUCUCUCAACCACCAGUAAUAUUCUUUGAUGAAAGACUUAAGAAAUAAGACAAUUACGGAAACAUUUAUUUAUUGCUUGCUGUCUAACACAGCGGUUCUCAAACUGUGGGUCACGACCCCUUUGGGGUCGAAAGAUUCUUUCACAGGGGUCGCCUAUGACCAUCGGAAAACAAAUAUCCUCUACAGUUAUGAUUGCUGCAAUGAACAUAAUUUUGUGUUUGGGGGAUCGCCACAACAUGAGAAGCUAUAUUAAAGGGUCGCGGCUCUAGGAAGGUUGAGAAUCACUGGAGUCAACCUGAUUAAAUGUAUUUAGUUAUAAAAACUUAGACACCCUGCCUUUUUGGUGAUAACUCUCCUUCAUUCUUAUAACUGUCAAAGCUUUUGACGGUAAAAAAAAGUUUCAAAAACCUUUUCCGAUUUUCUUUUCUUUUUUCACCUGUCAAGGGAUAUUUUUGGAACGUAGAAUGAAUAAAAUAAGUUAUCAAUACUAAAAAUUUUUUGGCUUAAAAUUAAUGUAGAUUAAAAAAAAAAGCAACUGAAACAUUCAGCAUUUUUGUAUGUAAGAAAAAUUGAUAAUUGAAAUAAUUUUGUAAACCUAUUUGCUUUCCUUUUUUUCUUUUUUUUUUCUUUUUUUGUUUUCUUUUUUUUUAAAAUUAUAAUUUUGUGUCCUGUAACUUUUUAGAUCAUUCAGACUUUAGUUAACCAAUCAAAAGUGUUUGUUGUUAUGCAAAUGGUAUUUAAGGUAUGUAUCGAAAUAGAUGGGAUAAAACUGAAUGGCAGUAGCUAUAACAUUGUGUUACUUGCCCCUCCUAAGAUUAUGCCUUGUUGUGUGACAAAAGAAAUGUGUAUCAAAAUUCAGGAAGAUGGAAGUAUCAAAGUCUUGUGCUAGGGAGUGAAAUCUCAAUUUAUAACCCUUAUUUUUGUCCUUUCCUGCUAAAAGCAUUUGAGCAUUCUCUUUUGUUGCAAAUUAUUCAUACACUUUCAGUGCACAUACGCUGACAUGUACAAGGGGCCAGAAUUCAGACUUAGGCUAUUCUAUCUGUUAGCAAUGAAGAAAGUAGUAAGAUGUGGGGAUUUUGCUUAUGUAUGAGGCUGAGGAACAGAUGUCUGCUUAUGCAAACUUUAUGAAAUUUAUAGAAACUAAACAGAUUGCUAAUCAAAUAAAUCUCACAACUCUACUUCAGCAAGCUAUAUUAUGCUGUGAUAUAAAAAUAUCACUAUAAUUUGAUCACGUUUUAACGAAAACAAUUAAUUACAAUGGAUAACCUGCUUAUUCCUUCAUAUUUGCGAGUAAUCAGAUGAUCCCAUUUAAGAUCUGCCUUUUUUCCGUCAAGAAAUUUAUUCAAUAAAAUAUUUAUCCUAGUUUACAGGCUGGGAGACAUAUUUUCAUGUUAGUUUCUUUGGAUCAGAUGAGUUUUGUGUGAGAGACCCUUAACUCAGUUACAGGCAUUGACUCUUAACUUUAGUUCUGAAUCACUUCCCUUAGUUUACCUACAACCGAAGGAAAAAAAAAAUACUUUCCUAACAUCUUAUUGAAAACUUUAUAACAGUUCUUAAAUUUUUUAUUGCAUUUAGUUUUCUUUUCUGUUAAUUCCCAUCUAAACUUAGGGGAUAAUAGGUUGUAUGUUUAAGAAAAAUUAAAUGAAAAUUCAAAAUUUCAUUGUAAAUUUAAAUGGACAGAACCCUGUUGCUUUCUUUUUGCAUGUACUUGAUUGGCCGUACUGUUGGCAGUUGGAGCAAUGUAAAACUGUUGGAACGUUGGCCAGAUUGGUCGGGGUUUCCUGUAAUUGUGAGUACACCUACUCCCUUGCCAUUUCUUGCAUUGGUCCAUUUUCUUUCCAUGCCGGCCAUCACAUAAGUUUUUAAUAUCACUCUCAGUCAUUUCUUGCCUGAAUCCCUAUUCUAAAAGUGUAGCACCGUUUCUCGAAGGCACAUUGUUUUUACAUCUUCAUGCCAUGAACACUUCUUCUUGGUUUCUCCUGCCAGUCUGGUGCAUGUGUCUGUGUCAGCCUCAUUUUUUUUCUCUCCUAAGAUCACAAGUAUUAAGGACACAUGAACCAUAAUUAUUUAGAGAAAUCAUUUGAAACACCACCCUUCCCCUUUCCCCUUUUAUUAAAGUCUUGAAGUAGUUUGGGCACUUUAAUUCAAGCAUUAUAUAUUUGUUUCUAUUUCUUUUUCACUUAGUCAUUUUAGUAUUUCCUGUACUUAAUACUUUUUAUUGUGAAUGAUUGGGUUUAUUUUUUUUAUUUUGACUGAUUGGGUUUAGUUUUUUUAUUGUGACUGAUUGAGUUUAGUUUUUUUACUGUGACUGAUUGAGUUUAGUUUUCUAUUGCGACUGAUUGGGUUUACACUUUUUAUUGUGACUAAUUGAGUUUAGUUUUUAUUAGCUUUAGGAAAACAGGAGUUUUGAACCGUACACUGAUUUAAUAAUGCAACAAUGAAGCUUUCAAAACAUUAAGUGUCUGCAAGAUUUGCUGACAGUGUUGACGGCAAACAGGACAUCAUACCAUCUGAACAUAGCAAGAAAUUUUUUUUAAAAUCCCCAUCGUGUAGUUUGCAAGACAAGCAGCUUUACUAUUGACAUUUGGUUCUUCGCACAAUGGAAUUUUAAGGCUGGUAUGAGGAAAAGGACAGACUGAUCAUUUUAAUAUUGUGUGCAUCCGAACAUUGUGUAGACUUAAAAUUACAAACUAUGAAUAGGCAGAGCCUGGCUAUGUUAAUAAUAAAAUAUUAAAAGGGAUAUGCGCAGGGUCGCUGCAAGCACGGUCCUUGUGCUGUUGUCCAAUUGGCCACGUUCUAGCGCUGGCCAUGGAUCUUGAUAUCCUAUAUCCAUCACUGCAGCUGCAAUAUUUCUAGGUAUCAACUUUUUGCAUUUUGGUUCUUUUGUCCGCAAAAAAAUCUGAAAUAAGAUAUUUUUUACUUCUUUUAUUGCUGUCACUAACCAUUAUAAUUGUUUCAGAAAGGGUUCUUAAUUAUAUAGUGACAUUUCUAUGCCAGUUGCUCACAACUUGAAAAAAAAAAAAUUUUGGCCAUCCAUUCAUUUGUUGUCAUUACUAACAUCAAAAUGAACACUUAAGCCUCUUCUUCUGUAAACAGUUGUCUUGUCCAUACCAUAUCAUUUUCAAAAAGAACCGUUUGUAAAAAAAAAAAAAAAAAAAUUUAAGGAAUUCAAACACAAAAAAAUAAUAACAUCAAACAGGAGGAAAUGAUUUAUAACUAUGAAUGGUAUAUUUUCUAUGGUCAAUUCUGCUUGUAGGGGAAAUUCACUGCUAUUGCCAGUAUUCAUGACAAAUUUUUUAAAGAUUUUGAUGACGGUACAACUAUGUUUGAUGCACUUAACUAAAUUUAACCCCCCCCCCCUUCCCUUCGUUCUACAUUUUAUAAUUAAAAAAAACAAAAAAACAAGAAAAAACAAAAUCAUUGAGGUAAACAAUUACUUUGCAAACCUUUUUCGAAAAUAUUAUAUUGACCCCCAAAAUCUUAUAUUUACAUCCUCUGGGUACUUGUGCAAUUAAAAUUUAUGUGUAAAUAUAAUAAUAUGUGAUCAACUAGAUCAUUUUUCUUUAAAAAAUGUAUUAACUUCAUUAACCAUGAGUUGUUGGCCUAUGUAUAUUUGCAUUAUAAAAUAUUUUUUUUUUUUAAUAUUCAAAAUUAUUGUUUACUUUCCACCCCACCACAACCCCCCCCCCUCCCAAUUGUCUAGCUAAGCAUUGGGCUUGGGGUUGUCAAACGUAGCCACAAGAAACUUGUAAAAACUGCCAGUUGGAAAGGGGGGGGGGGGGGAAGGGGGUGGAGGUGCCAAACCUAGNAUGAUAAUUAUCGAUCAGUGUUUGAAAAGAUCGCUAGGUCCUAAAAAUGAAUAAUAUUUUCUCAAUUUGUUAAAAUUUGAAUGGAAGGCUAAUUUCUUUUUUUUUUUUUUCUCCUCAAAUUAUAUAAACAAUAGCUUGUAAAUAAUCUUAUCGAGAUCAAACAUGACAUUGAUUUCUAUAACGAGCUUAAAAAAUUUCAAAUAAACUUUCCCAGGAAAGAAAGAGUAAUUUCAUUUUUUAAAUACCUACACAUAAAUGAGAAGUGUUGGCUUAAUGUCAAGAAAUUAGGAUAUUUAAAAAAUUUGAAUUCACUCCUCAAGGACCCCUAAAGUUAUAAUAAAAAAACAGGAGCAAGUAGAAAAAUAAACUGAUUGAUUUUGUACAAAUUCAGAAUUUUAUAUUGUUGUUUGACUAAGUUAUUAAAUUAAUUUUUGAAAAAUAUUUCAGUUGAAAGUUCGUUGCUUGUUUUCUUUUGACCCGGCCACAGAUGAGCACAUCCCAUGUAGAGAAGCAGGAUUAGCAUUUAAGGUAGGCCCAGCUAAUAGCAAAAUGUGGCUCCCUCAUUCUUUGUAGGCCAAGCCAAUAGCAGUGUCACCCUCAUUCUUUGUAGGCUAAGCCAAUAACAGUGGCACCCUCAUUCUUUGUAGGCUAAGCCAAUAGCAGUGGCUCGCUCAUUCUUUGUAGGCUAAGCCAAUAACAGUGGCUCCCUCAUUCUUUGUAGGCUAAGCCAAUAACAGUGUCACCCUCAUUCUUUGUAGGCUAAGCCAAUAACAGUGUCACCUUCAUUCUUUGUAGGCUAAGCCAAUAACAGUGUCACCUUCAUUCUUUGUAGAAAGGGGGGGGGGGGGAAGGGGGUGGAGGUGCCAAACCUAGCUCUUUUUGGAGGUCCACAAAAAAAGUUGUAAAAAGUGUGUGUGUGUGGGGGGGGGGGGAUGUUGCCAAAGAAAUGCUUUCUAAAUCAAUCUUUGAUUGUAAGAUCAUCAUCCUGAGACUAUCGAUCUAGUUUUAAACUUUUCAGAGUAAUAUGCCUAUUUAUUAUGUUCUAUUUAAACCGUAAUUUUGUAUAUUUAAACUUUAGGACUUCUGAGUGCUGGCGAUGAAAUACAUGAAAUCAAUGGAGAACCUGUAAAAGGUCUACACCCUGAUAAGAUAGUCGAGAUGCUAGUAAGUUUAAACGGUAACUGAAAUUUUUUGAAUAUUUGACUGCAAAAUGUCAAGUUUUUAUUAACAGGCUAGUUUCAAGAGGAUUUUUAAAAAAAAUAUUCUGAAUGAUUGUGAAAUAUUUAUCGCACUGACUGCCACUUUAGGCAAAGGCUAAUCUAUUUGCAUAAAUCAAGUUGUACAACAUAUAUCAUCCUUGGGGAGGCAGGCAGGAUAAACAUAUAAAUUGUGCACGCUAAUACAAUGGGAAUUAUUUUUGAAAAAAUGUUGUGCUUUAACUUGCCCAUUAACAAAUAUUAAAUUAUUCUACCUGACCCAUAUCAGACAAAGAUAUGAAGGCGUCUGUGGUUGACUUACAUUAAAAAGUUAACUAGGUUUUGUCGUGUGAUGUGUUUUGUUUUUGGGGUUUAUUUUUUUAAAAAUAAUUAGAAUUUUUAUGACAGCUAAAAAGGCUAUGAUUUUUAUUUUAGUAUAUUUAAAAGAUUUGAAGUUUAAGUUACUUGUAUGUGUGGAAAAUAAGAGUCUUUGUGGAUUAGAGAAAAUAAAUUCAAAAUCUGGCAUUGGAAAUUUAACUCAAGUAUUGUUAGCACAACUUCAGAUUGCAAACUGGCACUUGAGAAUUAAUUAUUAAAAAAAAAAAAAACUAUGGCCAGACAUUUGAUCCCACAGCUCUGAUUAGGAAAUGUCCAGACAACCUUUGUGAGAGCUGAUUGUAUUAUUUAACAUUUUAUUUCAGUAUGAAAAUAAAUACUUAAAGAAUAAAGUAACCUGUAUUCAGGAUGUGGUUUAAAAAGUCUUUAUUUCAUGUAGAAAAAGAAGAAUAUCAUGUUAUGUAAUGCAGACGUGGGUGGGAAAAACGUCAAAAUGUGUGUGAAGUUACCUGUGAUACCUUUUCCCUUAAUUUAGUUUUUCAUUUUAGUUUCACAUGUCAACCUUUCUGUCUUUUUCAGUCUGAGGUAUCUGGCUCUGUGACUUUGAAGCUGGUGCCUUUCAUGAAAACUAAUGUGGGACGAAAAACUAAGGUAGAUGAAGCGGAAUAUUUUAAGUUUAUUUUGUUCCUGUUAAUGUUUAAUUUUAAUCACUACCAGAUAAUAAUUAUAUAUGAUAAUUAUCGAUCAGUGUUUGAAAAGAUCGCUAGGUCCUAAAAAUGAAUAAUAUUUUCUCAAUUUGUUAAAAUUUGAAUGGAAGGCUAAUUUCUUUUUUUUUUUUUUUUCCUCAAAUUAUAUAAACAAUAGCUUGUAAAUAAUCUUAUCGAGAUCAAACAUGACAUUGAUUUCUAUAACGAGCUUAAAAAAUUUCAAAUAAACUUUCCCAGGAAAGAAAGAGUAAUUUCAUUUUUUAAAUACCUACACAUAAAUGAGAAGUGUUGGCUUAAUGUCAAGAAAUUAGGAUAUUUAAAAAAUUUGAAUUCACUCCUCAAGGACCCCUAAAGUUAUAAUAAAAAAACAGGAGCAAGUAGAAAAAUAAACUGAUUGAUUUUGUACAAAUUCAGAAUUUUAUAUUGUUGUUUGACUAAGUUAUUAAAUUAAUUUUUGAAAAAUAUUUCAGUUGAAAGUUCGUUGCUUGUUUUCUUUUGACCCGGCCACAGAUGAGCACAUCCCAUGUAGAGAAGCAGGAUUAGCAUUUAAGGUAGGCCCAGCUAAUAGCAAAAUGUGGCUCCCUCAUUCUUUGUAGGCCAAGCCAAUAGCAGUGUCACCCUCAUUCUUUGUAGGCUAAGCCAAUAACAGUGUCACCUUCAUUCUUUGUAGGCUAAGCCAAUAACAGUGUCACCUUCAUUCUUUGUAGGCUAAGCCAAUAACAGUGUCACCUUCAUUCUUUGUAGGCUAAGCCAAUAACAGUGGCUCGCUCAUUCUUUGUAGGCUAAGCCAAUAACAGUGUCACCCUCAUUCUUUGUAGGCUAAGCCAAUAGCAGUGGCUUGCUCAUUCUUUGUAGGCUAAGCCAAUAACAGUGUCACCCUCAUUCUUUGUAGGCUAAGCCAAUAACAGUGGCUCGCUCAUUCUUUGUAGGCUAAGCCAAUAACAGUGUCACCCUCAUUCUUUGUAGGCUAAGCCAAUAGCAGUGGCUCGCUCAUUCUUUGAUUUUGAGAUUUUAAUUCGACUACUCUUUCACUUUUGUAUUUUACCAUUCUGCAACUAGUAACUUUGAAUACUAGAAGUUUCAAGUAAUUGAAGUGACUAGUGGCCAGAAAUGGUACUCUAGACAGAAGUGUCAUACGUGUGUCUCUGACAACAUUUUUGACAGGUAUACGUUACCUGAUGUCUUACUUGUUAAAGAGCAUUAAAUGAAGUAAUAAGUUAAGUAAUAAGUUACCACAUGGUUAAAUGGCUGUGCUGUCAUAAUUGGGUCAGUCUCAAGCAGGGAUUGGAGUUCAAUCAUCAGGAAAAAUCUAGUCAAGCUAUACAACAUCACCAGCACCCCAGGUAGAUGGUACUUCUUAACCUUGGAUUGCAACUCUUCAAAGAAAGACGGACGGAUCCCAAAAAGAAAAAAAUGUUAUCUAUUACAAUUUACUGAUUUAUUAAUUUGGCUUAAACUAUUUAUUACAAUAAUGUACUAAAUUUGAGGUUAUGAAUUUUUCUUAAGAUUGGAGAUGUGCUAGAGAUAGUUAGUGAUGAGGAUCCAACAUGGUGGCAAGCAAAACAUGUGGGAGACACCAGUGGCGUUGCAAGCACCCUAACUAGUGCACGGCUUGUUCCAAGUAAACAUUAUCAAGAAAGGUAAAGUGCACCUUACUUUUCUUAUAGGUAUAUUAUUUUGGAAAAAUAAAUGUGAAUAAUUUAUACCAGGGAUCCUCAAACUAUGGACAACCGGGCUUAUUCUGCCCAACAGGGUCUUUAAUGCCCACUUGGGUAAUGAGACAAGUAAAAAUAAAUGCAGCAUAUAUUUCAAUUUUAGUCAAACCAACUCUGGUCUCAGAGAGAUAAGCUAUUAACUGGGUAAAAGUGAACAAUAUGGAAUACUGACACCUCAUUAGCCAAAAGCAAAAAAAAAAAAACAUACCUGAAAUAAAAAUAACUAUAGCUUAAAAAAAAAAAGUUCUUAAUUUUAAAAACUAUAUGGUUUAAUGAUAUUGCUUUUUAUACUACAAAAUAAAAUAUAUGCAGUAUGCAUAACAUUUUUUUCAAACUGUUGUCGGGUCCCCAACAUUAUCUUAAUGACAGUGAACCAGCCUGUUGGGGAUUCCUGAUUUAUAUGAAUACAUUUUUUUGGCUUAGGAUGAUUAUUUUUCAAGUCACCAAUGAAAUUAAAGAUAUUUAUAAUAAUACUUCUUUUGUAUUGCUUAGUGUUGAAAUCAUGCGAAGGGUGAAGCUAAGAGAGGCAAGAAAUCCUCCAAGUAGGUACACUGUUGAGAUAUAUCUUCACUUUAGCCACCAUUUAUGUAUUAUUUAGUGCAGUGGGAUAGGCUUCAGAUCUUUGUGACAAGUUUAACAACAUAAGGAACAAACUGGAAAUAAUUUUUUAACCUUUUUUUUCUUUUCUUCAGAAAAAUGUGAUAAUUAGGUUAAAAAUGUGUUAAGAAAUUUAUAAAGGAUAAUAAUUUAACAAAAAAAAUUCCUUUAAAUUAAAAAAUAUUGUUGCACAAAAAAAAUUGUGCAUUAAGUGUCAAAUAAUGAAUUGAUCAUUAAAAAAAUCAUAUUUAUCACAUUGAAUUGCACAGGAUCAAUCAGUCCAUGCCGCUACAGUCCAAAAAUUCCGAAACAAAAGCGUUUGAGAAAGACAAUGUAUCACAUAGUACAGAGUGGCGGUGAGUGUAGAAAAUAUGUCAUAGUUAACAUUAAUCUGAUCACACAUAUAUUUUUUUCAUUGUCAUGCUGUUUAACUAAAAAGUAGGUUUCUUUUAUUUAAUGGACUGCUUUCAAAUUUGAUCAAUGCUGGUCUUUUAUCAUUUUAAAACUGUAAAUGUAAUUUUACUUUCAGUUUUUUCAGAAUUCGACACAGAUGAAAUCCCUACCUAUGAAGAGGUUGAAUUAUACCGUCCCAAGCAUCCAUUAAAAGUAUUCCGACCUAUUAUCUUUAUUGGUAAGUAGAAUUGUUAAAUACAUAUACAUUUGAAUGAUACUUUAAAAAAAUGGGGUGCAAAAAAACUUUUAUAAUGUUGAAUGAAAAAACGUAUCCACUGUAAUAUUUCACCAGUGACUAACUCCAAGCAAAUGCUUUGUAUAGACCAAAAUCAUUUUAAAAAAUUAGAAAUUGUUCAAUGAUUUAUAUAUUAAAAAAAAUAAUCAAUGGUGCAUUAUGCUUAUACGUUUCAUAUUUUCAAAAUCAUAUUCAUAGUGAUUUUUACACAAAAGGUUUUCAGGUUUGCAUUAGAUAUUUUAUUUUAUUUUUAUUUCUAUUCAUUGUGGUCAAUAAAGUAAAAAAAAAAUUCCUCAGACCCCCCCUUAACAUCAAUCCUCCAAAGAUGCAUUAUCUGGAUGAUUGGUACUGAAACAAGAACGGAAUAAUUUUUUGCUGGUUCCAUACAAGUGAGGGAAUUAAACGAUUGUUUUUAAAGGUGUGCUUUAUUUAUGUUGAAUUAAUUUUUUUUCCAUUGACUAAAGGUCCCCCUGGUGUUGGAAGAAAUGAGCUGAAACGUAGACUCAAGGCUAGUAAUCCUAAUCAUUUUGAGGAAGUUGUACCAUGUACGUACCAAAUGUAUAGAUUUAUUAUUUUCUGAUGGUAAAUUACAGGAGUCUGCAACCUUUUAGUUUAAACCGUGCCAAAGUAAGACUUCUAAUUCAUUCAGCCUGCCAAUCAAUAAAUUAUAAGUCAGCCAUUUAAAAUUUAUUAUUGAGUCAUUUAUAAUGGUCCUUGUGCCCGUAAAAAAUUGCUAUGCGUGCCAAGUAUGGUACAUGAGGCACAUGGGCCAUAGGUUCCAGAUCCCUGGCAUGUUAUAUUAUUUUCUCAGUUUCAUUAUAUCUUCUUUUUAAAAAAAACAAUAAUGGAUUAUAAUCUUACUGUGGAACUGUUAUUCCUUUUAAAAAAACUAGAUACAAGUCGGGAAAAACGUCCACAUGAAGAGGAUGGCAAAGAGUACAAAUUUUUGAGCAGAGAAGAAAUGGAACAACAGAUAAUUGCUCAAAAGUAAGAACUGCUAUGAACUUUAUCAUCUAUUAAAAAUUAUUUGGUUAAAAGUUAAAGGAAUUUGAAAACAUUAAAUUGUAGGCCAUUCACUAAUGCAUUUUUUUUCUCUACUGGUCAGUUACUUUGUAUGGGUUACAUGUACAGUCAUAAUCUGUUCAUAGCGUGGUAACCCUAAUUGUACAAUGCUACUUAACUAGUCGAGUAAUACAUGGGGGUUACAUGUACAGUCAUAGUGUGGUAACCCCUAAUUGUACAAUGCUACUUAACUAGUUGAGUAAUACAUGUGGGUUACAAGUACAGUCAUCAUCUGUUCAUAGCGUGGUUACCCCUAAUUGUACAAUGCUACUUAACUAGUUGAGUAAUACAUGUGGGUUACAAGUACAGUCAUAAUCUGUUCAUAGUGUGGUAACCCCUAAUUGUACAAUGCUACUUAACUAGUUGAGAAAUACGUGUGGGUUACAAGCAAUGUUGCCUCUAAGGUUUAUUGGUUCGUGUGCAAAAUCAUAAAGUUGUGUGCAAAUUUUUACAGCAUCAAUUUUUUUGUGCGCAAAAUUUUACAGCCUACAGACACAAACACACACUUAAGUGGAAAUUGGCUGGGCAGUACUCAAAACUGCUGCGCAGGGUCUGUGAGAUUACUGCGGCCGCGCAGCUUAAAGGGAACAUUAGUUACAAGUACAGUCAUCAUCUGUUCAUAGCGUGGUAACCCCUAAUUGUACAAUGCUACUUAACUAGUUGAGUAGUACAUGUGGGUUACAAGUACAGUCAUAAUCUGUUCAUAGCAUGGUAACCCCUAAUUGUACAAUGCUACUUAACUAGUUGAGUAAUACAUGUGGGUUACAAGUACAGUCAUAAUCUGUUCAUAGCAUGGUAACCCCUAAUUGUACAAUGCUACUUAACUAGUUGAGUAAUACAUGUGGGUUACAAGUACUGUUAUAAGCAGCUGCUGGCAGUAAGAGUUUUAGAUAUAAAUUGUGAACAAAUUCAAAGCCAUCACAUUUGUUGAAUGUUAAAUUGAAAAUUGAUCCAAAUUCUUUUUUUUGAGCAGAUUUGUUGAGUAUGGUGAGUACAAGGGGAAUUUGUAUGGCACAAGCCUUGAGUCUAUAAAAAAUGUGAUACAGAAAGGCAAAGUCUGCUUACUCGCUCCUCACACUCAGGUAAGUGACCGAAUAAUUCAUUGGGCGAUUUUCAUAAUUCCAUGUGUUUCAGUCCAGCCAGAUAAUAUCUCAUUGUCUUGUAUUGUUGCUUAAGCAUUUUAUAGAAAUGAAUAGAGAAUGUAAUAAAAAAUUAAGAAACAGAAUAAUUUACUGGGUGACUUUCAUCAUUUAUGUCUUUCAGUCCAUCUAGAUUAAAUCUCAUUGUCAUGUAUUUUGGCAUAAGCAACUUUUAGAAAUGAAAACAGAACGUAAUAAAAAAAAUCUGUUAAUUAUAAAUGUUUUAUUAUUUUUUUAAAAACAACAGGCAUUAAAAUUCAUCCGUACUGCAGAACUUCGGCCUUUUAUCAUUUUCAUCAAAGCACCAAGUCUGGAAAGAAUGAAGUAUACACGUCUAGAGAAACAUGCACGCGCAACUUCAUCAGAAUCUACAUCUCCAAUGUCUGUAAGUUGUACGUCUACAUCU